UAAGCAAAGCAAGCAUGUCGACUAGUGGUACCCUGCGUACCUAUAGCUACGGCCCGCAGCCAUGGGCCGAUCCGGGCAUUGCAUAUAACGACAUGGCCUGAUAAGGUCUGAUGUUUUUGUUGUUUUGUUCUUGCUGACCCCUGGAGCUUCUUUUCUUCGGAGCCCGUUUCCCCGUUUCCCUACCAGGCGUAGAGUCCUGUUGAAAUCGUAAAGAUCUUUCUUCAGCCGAACUUGCUUCGGACGAUCCCGUCAAGGUCUCAGCAGAAGUGAGAGGAGGCAGCCAACGGGCAACCAAGCCAGUGGAAUGGCAAGCAAGGCAUGGGGUGAACUUUCAUGACGACUGAACAAAUCCUGUCGGUACCUUUCCACGCUUGGACUCUUUCCAAGUUUUUUCGGGCCAUUACCUCACGACCAAGCGGUCCAGUAAGCAUCAUGGCAGGCGUACCGAAGAGGGCAGCGAAGGUCGCAUCAGGGGCAGAACCUUACUGGCAUGGCUGAGAAUUGGAGUAAAAUAAGUCUUUCAAUAUGCAUGAGAGGACUGUAUAAAACAAUUCGAGAUCUUCCACAAUCAUUCAUCAUUUCUUUUCCUCCCCAUCCUCAUCAUCACAACAGCAAAUAGGACAACCUUCGCUACAACACAACAAAACCAACCAACAUCUUUUGCUAUAAAUCAGCAAAACAGCCUCUCGCUAUCAACUACUCAGCAGCAACAGCAAGCUACUAUCAAGAUGCAUAUCCCAACCAUCCUCGAGGCCGCCACUCUUGGCCUGGCAUUCUUCAGCGCCGCCGCCAUCGCUGCUCCUGUACCCGCUAGGAUGGAUGAUGGAACAAUGGCAAUGGUCAGCCGCUCAGCUGAGCUUGCAACUGCGGUCUCUGCUGCCUUGCAGAUGGGUGCCGGCGAAAUGAACCUCCUCGAGGAGCGCGGCAAGAAGAAGAAGAAGGGAAAGAAGGGAAAGAAGGGAAAGAAGGGAAAGAAGGGAAAGAAGGGAAAGAAGGGCAAGAAGGGCAAGAAGGGAAAGAAGGGCAAGAAGGGAAAGAAGGGAAAGAAGUUCCCCCGCGCCGAGGAGGAUACUACCGAGGAGACCAAUCAGGAGAACGAGCUGAUCUUUGAGGAGAUCGAGGAGCGCGAUCUCAUCGGCGACCUGAUCAACGGCAUCAACGGGAUCAACCCCGCGGAGCCCAUCGCCGAGCCCACCCCCGCUCCUCAACCCGUCGAGGAUGCCGGUCCAGCUCCCCCUGUUGCUCCGGGUCCGGCACCUCCCAAGGCUCCUGGCGCCGCUCCCCCGGCCCCUCCCGUCGCUCCUGCUCCUGCUCCCAAGCCGCCCGUAGAGGACGCAGCGGAUUUCGAGGAGGCGGCAUUUGAGGAGGCGGCUUUCGAGGAUUUCGAGGAGGAGUAAACGCAGAACAACACAUCGCGAUUCAGAUUGAAACACACCAGCAGCAACGAAGUCACAGCAUCAGCAAACAAAACAUCAGAAUGAAAAUAAAGGGCGCAUAAGAAGCGGAGUUCGGGGUAUCAUUUUUUGGCUUUGGCUUUUCAUCAUGGCUGUGUUGGGAGUCUUCGGGGACUUAUCGAGGAUUCAGUUCAUUCAUAAUAGGCGCGGAGGAAAUAAGAGUUGGGAGUGGCUUGCAUCAGCGCGCUUCAUCUUCUUUUCAGCAGGCUCAUCAGCGUGGCAUUUCCUUUUUUUUUAUUCUUCAUCUACUUGUACGGCAUUGGGGAGUUUAUUCUUUUACUUCCCUUCUUUUCUUGUUCUCUACUACUGAGAAUAAGACCUAAUUCACACAAAUCUUGCCACCA